UGUCCACAAAUCCCCCUAAUCCACCAGCACCCGAGUCCCCAUCCUACAGCUGUGCAGAGCCCCGGCAGCCAGGAGAACACACGUGUCCUUCCCACCCGCCCUGCGGCGCCCACUCUGUCUCACCCAUGGGGAACAGCAAGAGCGGGGCCCUGUCCAAGGAGAUCCUGGAGGAGCUGCAGCUCAACACCAAAUUCACGGAGGAGGAGCUGUGCACUUGGUACCAGUCCUUCCUGAAGGACUGUCCCAGCGGCCGCAUCACGCGGCAGGAGUUCGAGAGCAUCUAUGCCAAGUUCUUCCCCGACGCUGACCCAAAGGCCUAUGCCCAGCACGUGUUCCGCAGCUUCGAUGCCAACAGCGAUGGCACCCUGGAUUUCAAGGAGUAUGUCAUCGCACUGCACAUGACCACCGCGAGCAAGCCCACGCAGAAGCUGGAGUGGGCCUUCUCCCUCUACGACGUGGACGGCAACGGGACCAUCAGCAAGAACGAAGUGCUGGAGAUCGUCAUGGCUAUUUUCAAAAUGAUCAAUCCUGAGGAUGUGAAGAACCUUCCAGAUGAUGAAAACACCCCAGAGAAGCGGACAGAGAAGAUCUGGGCAUUCUUUGGAAAGAAGGAUGAUGAUAAACUUACAGAAGAAGAAUUCAUUGAAGGGACCCUCGCCAACAAGGAAAUUCUGCGACUGAUCCAGUUUGAGCCUCAAAAAGUGAAGGAAAGGAUAAAGGAGAAGAAACACUAAUGCCAACUGCUCAGCUCCCCCCACCCCCCACACACACUUAAAUCCACCCCCACACUUAAACACCUGCA